AAGCCGCAUCAACAAGAUGGGGGCCGCGGCCGCGGCGGCGCUGAGCUGCUGGACGGUGCUGCGAGCCGUUUCCCGGUGCUUGUCGGUGGAGGACCUCUUCAGCUUCGCGCGCUUUGACGCGCUAUGGGAAGAGGUCACCCUGCCGCUGCUCCGCAAGCGGCUCCGCUUCUUCGUGCUGUUCCAGGAGCAGUUUGGAAGCCGUUCACUGAGCCAGGCGUUUGCAGAGGAACUGGAAUUUCGCCUGCACCUUGCUCAGAAGGCCAAUAGGAACCCAGUUUUGGGGAUUAUACUCUGCUCGCACAAGCAGUAUGUUGCAGACACCGUCGCCUGCCGGUUUCCCGACCAGGCCACCGUGGUGCAGGUGCACGUCGAGGAGCCCGUGUGCUUCACGCACCGCGGGGACGCACGGCGGCGCUCGGCCUGCCUCUGCGUGCUGGUGCUGUUCCCGUGGCCCGGUACCGCAGUCGAGUGCGAGCGAGCACCGUGUGCAGCCUGCCAGAAGGCCGCGGCCCCUACAACUUCCAUCGUCGGCGUCAAGCGCAAGCACGAAUACCGCUGCGCAAACAGGGUCACAAUCCGUCACAGGGGCACGGGAUACCCGGCCCGCCUCGCCCUCUACGCCAGCAGCGCCUUCAACAAGACAACAUUCCGUAGCCCGCCCAUACUGAACCACGUGGCCAGCUGCAUGCUUUGGACCAAUCGUCUGAGUGUGCUGAGGCCCAUCACGGGCGGGCCAACGGUUCGCCCUAUAUUGUGGGGCUUCACACUGUUCGGUGACGUCAUCCGGGCCACCAGUCUCAAGUACCCGGCUUCGACCACGACGCAUCAGAUGGCCACACACCUCGAGAGCGCGAGAAAUGAGUUUGGCGACGUAGAAGAUGCCCUCGUGUUGUUCUUUCAAGAGGACAAGGUGGAGCUGUCCGUGUCGGAAGUCGUGCGGACAGUAUUUCGAGGUGCUGCUGUCAUUUUGGGUGCUGUCAGUUCUUUGACUCUGGACGUCGGUCCCUUCUACCGUAGUACCGAACCGGGAGAAAAGGUCGGACCUUCUAGCCAAAUCGAGACACCCGUCAUUGUGACAUUACUUAGCAUUCGCUAG